CCUUCUGCUUCCGCUUCCGGCGUUGAGGAGGUCCUGGUCAAAAAUGGCAGCGGCAACUGGUUCCCGAGUUUCUGCGCUGCUAGGUCGUUUCCGGCCUCAACUAGCACGGUCUAUGUCAAGUGGUGCCCAUGGCGAAGAGGGCUCAGCUCGCAUGUGGAGGGCCCUUACCUUCUUCGUUGCGCUCCCCGGGGUGGGAGUAAGCAUGCUGAACGUCUUUCUGAAGUCGCAUCACGGAGAGCACGAGAGACCCGAGUUCGUCGCCUACCCCCAUCUCCGCAUCAGGUCCAAGCCCUUUCCCUGGGGAGAUGGUAACCAUACUCUGUUCCAUAACCCUCAUGUGAAUCCACUUCCAACCGGCUAUGAAGAUGAAUAAAAAGAACCUGGACCACUGCCCACUGGGGACCACAGCGCUGGUUUGGACCAUUACUCUGCACAUGGACCAGAAAAAUACAUGGGACCUUAAGCUGACCUUCUUUCCUAAUAUCAAAUGAUGACUAAAGUAUACUAAUCUUCCAUCUCUUUGCUAAUAGUAGGAGGUGGCUUAAAUAAAUAACUUAGUCAUGA